AUGAGUAGCCCACAGAUUGAUGAUGGCCUGAUUGCCCAUCUAAAAAUGAUAUAUCGCUCGUAUCGACAUACUUCCGAAAUUGACGCCAAAGGGGCAUUCUUUAGCUCAUCUUGUUAUCAGAUCUGCCGCCCGAAUCCCUCCUUUGCCGCUAGCAACAGAGACACUAUCGUCGGAUACCUGCACGAUUACGCCCCAAAACCCACAUCGGCAACAGAGGCAAACAAUAUACCCACUCAGAAAGGCUUCUACACCAUCAGACCACUUCGAGACAAUGAGUACGAAUUUGGGACGGACGAACAGGUUGCCCCAGCUGGAUUUGCUUCAGUGGAAGAGGUCCGGAGUCAGGCUUUGCGGGAAGGGUGGGUUGGCAUGAGAGUUGAUUUGUGGGACGACUCCGCAGAGGGACAAGUUAAGCAAGAGAACAGCCUUCUGGUGAAAGUACAGUAUUGGUGGAGAAAGGAAAACGAUGUCUGGAUUCAGAUAUUCCACGAUAUAAUGUACAUGGGUCCGCGCGACGGGACAGAAGGAUUGGAUGGUGAGAUUUUGGAGUAA